AUGGGGCUUACAACUGCUGGGGAUUUUGGGUUUCGUCUCUGCCUCCGUUUGAUUUCCGGCGACGCCAGGCUGUUUCCGGUGAUCAGAAUGGAUGAGGGGACUGCGUCUGCUCCUCAGACGAUGGGUUCUGUUCCAGCGAAGGGUGAUUCAUGGGUGUCGAAGGCCCAAAAUAAGCAGGUUUUGAAAAAGUACGAGGUCUCGAUGGAUACGUCUGAGGAUUUUCCGUCUGUUGUGAUUCCGAAUGAGGUUAUCGAUGAUUCUACUCCUCUUUGGGAGGAUUUUCUGGUUGGGAAGUUUCUGUCUACAGCGCCUCAUGUGGCUAAAGUUCAUGUCAUCGUCAACAAGCUCUGGAAGCAAAAGGACGAAGCUGGUAUGAUUGAUGUGUAUGAGUGGGAUCCAAAAACGGAGGUGGAAAAGAAGGAAGAGUUUGACAUUCCGAUGUGGGUUUAUCUGAAGAAGGUACCUUUGAGUAUGUACUCUUGGGAGGGUUUGAGCUUUAUCUCGAGUGCAGCAGGGUUUCCAGUCCGUUUGCACCCUGAGACCUUGGCUUGCACAAAUCUUGACAUAGCAAAAAUCUUUGUUAAAGUGGAUGUCUCUAAUGAUUUUCCUAAGAAGAUAAAUUUCACAAAAGAUGGCAAGGAGCAUUUGGUGGAGUUCAUUUAUCCAUGGCUCCCGCUAAGAUGUACGGUGUGUGGGAAAUGGGGUCACUGGGAGAAAGUAUGUGUGGCUCAGCAGAGAGUGGAGGUUCGUAUUGAGGCAGAUAAGAAUGAGAAAGAAAGUGUUCCUGAUCUAGUUCCUUCUCUUGGGGCUUCUGGUGAAGAAGAGCAAGCAAAGAUUGUGUCUGAUCAAGUGGAUGUUGAGGAAGAUGGAGGUUCUAUUAUUGCCGUGUCUGAGGAGGCAAAUCUAACGUCGGGGAAUAACCAAGUAGCUCCUGUUGAAGAGGCUUGGCUAUCUCCAACAAAAAAGAGCAGAAGUCCAGUGAGAUUACCACUAGUUUCAUUAGUAGCAAUGGCUUCUGUUUCUAAGUUUGCAGCAAUAAAUAAUGAUAAGGAAGAAGGAGAACUUAUGGAGGAGGAAGACAAUCCCUACGUUGAGUCGAAUACAGUUAGUGUGGCCUUGAGGGAAACUGUGGAAGAGUUUGGAGGUAUUCUAGAGACGAGGGUGAAGGAAGGGAAGGCCCCUCGUAUUUUAAAUUCGGUGUUUGGAGAAUGGUCGUUUAUGUCUAAUUAUGAGUACAAUCAGGGAGGGCGUAUAUGGGUGCUUUGGAGGGAUUUAGUUCAUAUUUAUCCAGUUUUUAAGAGUGAUCAACUCAUUACUUGCUCUGUUUUGCUUAAUGGGUCGGAGGAAGAGUUUUUUUGCUCGUUUGUUUACGCACUAAACACAGUGGAAGGAAGGAAGUCUCUCUGGGAAGAUUUUAUGAAUCACCAGAACUCUUCUAUCUUCUCUAAUAAAGCUUGGAUCAUUAUGGGAGACUUCAACGAAGUGCUGGAUGGUGAGGAUCAUUCCUGUUUUGCGAAUUCUCCUUCUUACUCAGCAGGGAUGCGAGAAUUUCAAGAUGCUGCUAAUCAUUGUUCAUUAUCAGAUAUGAGGUCUCAUGGUCCUCGGUUUACAUGGUGCAAUAAGAGGGAAGAAGGUCUGAUCUGCAAAAAGCUGGAUCGUGUGCUUAUAAAUGAUAAAUGGCUUCACCGUUACGGCGAGUCUUAUGCUGUCUUUGAGCCAGGGGGUUGUUCGGAUCACCUUCGUUGUCGUAUUCAGAUCAGAGCGGACCAGGAGAGAGUCAAGAGGCCUUUCAAGUACGUUAAUGCUUUAAGUCAUUUUCCUGAAUUUCUCCUGAAUGUUAAAGAUUAUUGGGAAUCUUCUCGAGCUCUAUUCCAUUCAAUGUUGGUGCUUCACCGGUUUUCAAAGAAGCUUAAAGGUCUCAAACCGAUCUUGAGAACGAUGGGAAAGGAGAAGUUGGGUAACUUACCAAAGCGUGCACAGCUGGCUUUUGAGGUACUAUGUGAGAAGCAAGGUAUUACUCUCUCAAAUCCUUCUGAGGAUAAUGUGAAGGAAGCAAUUGAAGCAUAUGGGCAUUGGUCUCAUGUGUCUGACCUGGAGGAAGAUUUCUAUAUGCAAAGAUCAAAGCUGCAUUGGCUUGAUGGUGGAGACAAGAAUAAUAAAGUUUUUUAUAAUGCUAUGAAGUUGAGGUCAGCGCUGAAUAUGAUCAAGGCGAUACAAUGUGUUAGCGGGGAGUUGGUUUCUACUCAGAAGGAAAUAAAGAAGGAAGCGGUUCAGUUCUACUCGACCUUUCUCAACUAUGUUCCUCCUGAUUAUGUGGAAACUGCAGUAUCAGAUCUUGGUGCUCUUCUUAACUUUCGAUGUAAUGAAGCUGAUAACUUGAUGUUGGGGCAAGAGGUAACAGCAGAGGAGAUUAAGAGGGUUCUAUUUGCUAUGCCGUCUCACAAGUUGCCAGGUCCCGAUGGGUAUCCUUGUGAGUUUUUUAAAACUACUUGGGAUAUAUUGGGCGCUGACUUUACAGUAGCAAUACAGUCUUUCUUUCUGAAAGGAUUUCUUCCUAAAGGUAUCAACUCGACUAUCCUUGCUCUAAUCCCCAAGAAGACAGAUGCAAAGAUGAUCAAAGAUUACAGACCAAUAGCCUCCUGUAACGUUAUUUACAAGACUAUCUCGAAGAUUUUUGCUAAUCGUCUAAAGAAGCUGCUCCCAAGCAUUAAAUCUGCGAAUCAGUCGGCUUUUGUUCAUGGAAGGUUGGUUAUGGAAAAUGUCUUGUCGGCUACAGAACUGGUUAACGAUUAUCACAAUCCAAAAAUCUCUCCAAGGCGUGCCAUGAAAAUCGACAUCUCAAAGGCGUUUGACUCGGUACAGUGGGAUUUUGUACUGAAUACUCUAUUGGCCCUUGGAUUCCCGUUGAAGUUUGUUCACUGGAUUAAACUAUGCAUAGCUACUCCUUCUUUCUCGGUUCAAGUUAAUGGGGAGCUUGCCGGUUAUUUCCAAAGUAAGAGAGGGCUGAGACAAGGAUGCUCCAUAUCUCCUUACUUAUUUGUGUUAUGCAUGACCGUGUUGUCUUCAAGGAUGGACAAGGCUGCCAUGGAUAAAUGUUUUGACUGUCAUCCCCUAUGUAAAAUGUUGUCUCUGACACACCUUUGCUUCGCCGACGAUCUGUUAGUGUUUGUGGAGGGUUCCAAAAGAUCCGUGCAAGGUGCCAUCUCGGUCUUUGAUGGGUUUGCAAAGGAAUCUGGCUUGAGUAUUAGUCUGGAAAAGUCUACCAUCUACAUGGCAGGUCUAAGUCAGAGUGUUAAAGAUCAAAUCCUUUCAGAUUUUCCUUUUGAGCCUGGGGCUCUACCUGUGAGAUACCUUGGAUUGCCUCUCCUGACGAAAGGGAUGCAUAAGAAUGACUAUCUUCCGUUGAUUGAAAAUGUAAGAACUCGCAUUGCAAGCUGGACAACUAGGCCGAUCUCUUAUGCAGGACGCUUACAACUCAUUAGACUAGUUCUAAUGAGUAUUGUGAACUUCUGGUCUUCGGCUUUCAGACUUCCAACAAAAAUUGCUUGGUCUGAUGUUUUCAAGCCUAAGGCUGAGGGAGGAGUAGGUCUCAGGAGGUUGAAAGAUGUUAAUCUGGUGAAUAGUUUAAAGUUGAUAUGGCGUUUGCUCACUGGACAAUCGCUGUGGAGUUAUUGGAUUAAGGAGUAUCUGUUGGGGGAAAAAACGUUUUGGGAGGUUGGGGCAAGAGGCAAUAAAGGUUCAUGGAUGUGGAAGAAGCUUAUUAAACUCAGAAGUACAGCUAGACAGUUCUAUAAGAAGGAGAUAAAGAAUGGGAAGAGUACCUCCUUUUGGUUUGAUUGUUGGUCGGGGGUGGGAGUUCUCUUUGAUAUAUUUGGUGAAAGAGGGUUCAUUGAUAUGGGAGUUAGUUCGCAUGCCACGGUGAAUGAUGUGAUCACUCAUCAUAGGAGGAGGAGGUACAGAGUCCAGAGAUACAACGAUGUUGAAGACAUUAUUGACUCCACGGGAGAGUUGAUGGAGGAAGGUGAUGAUGUUAGCCUAUGGAAGAGAGGAUCUGACAAUCACACUAAGUUCUCUACCUAUGAGACUUGGGAGCUCAUUCGGGUGGUACAACAGAAGUGUGGGUGGGAGCAAGUUGUAUGGUUUUCUCAAGCUACUCCUAAAUAUUCCUUUGGCUGGCGAUGCAUAAUAGGCUCAGUACAACGGAUCGCAUGGUGCACUGGAACAUGGCUUUGCCAGCUCAGUGUGUGCUUUGCAACAACUCGGCUGAAACUAGAAACCAUUUGUUCUUCUCCUGUGAGUUCUCAGCCUGGAUUUGGAGCAACCUCACCAAAGAUACCGAAACAAACGGCUCCGAAAUCAUUCUUGUUGUUAAGAGAGAAGACCAUUCUCAAGAAAGCUUUAGAGCUUUCUAUUCUCUGCGAGAAUGAAAUUUGUGUGAUACAUUGCGAUCGCGAAGGAAAUCUCGUCAACACGUACCCUGAAGAUCAGUGCCAAGUCAAAGACAUUCUCAAGAGGUAUAACAGAUUAAGCGACAGAGAAAAAAUCAAGAAAAACACAAAUCUUUCACAGUUCUAUAACAAGAAACUCGUUGACGAAAAGAGGAGAGCUCUUACCGACGCAGAGGAACGUAAAAAGUUCACUAAGAAAGUUGGAGACUUCAAGGGAUCAUCAUUAACGAAUCUUCUCAUGAGUGGUGAUGCGUCAACACGUGCCGGUUCCUCCAAUGAUCGGAGUCAAUUCUCAAUGUUUCUGUUUAACCAUGAAACCGCUACGGUUACUCAACUUCCCAACUCUGUUUCUUCAAGCUUUGACCAAGGGUUGACUCCGUGUAGCAACAAUCUCGUUACGGCUUCACAUGGGGCACAAGAUUAUAACUUUGGGUACGGCAACAAUCUGAACGCACAAGGGUUCAACUUUGGGUGCAGCAACAAUCUCAACACACAAGGCUUUAACUUUGGGUGCAACAACAAUCUAUGUGCAUGA